UUUAAAAGUUGCGAGUUGUUUAUCGGGUUCGACUUGUUUUGAACUUGAAACGAACGGUCUCAGACUUAUUUGAUGUCUGAAAGGACAUUUUGAAUCCAGCAUCAAAUUAUGUCAGUUGCAGAUUUCAAGCCUAGUAACGUAUCAAAUGGAAUAAAGCGAAGAAAUUUGACCGACGGAAUAAUAGAGAUCGGGUCUUUCUACAAAGUUAGGAAGGCCGAUGGACGAUUACAUACAGCAGAAGUAAUAGAAGUUAGGAAUGAUGAACAGAAGGAUGGCCAGGUGGAAUACUAUGUACACUUCGUUGGAUGUAAUCGUAGAUUAGAUUCGUGGAUAACACUCGACAAGUUUGAUUCAUUCACCAAAGUCCAAGAUGUCUACAAAGACGUGAAUGCUUCCAUGAAUGCCGCAAAGAUUUCUGAGAUGGAAGAGGAGAAAAAUUCAGACAGAAAAAUGACACGAAAUCAGAAGCGAAAAUACGAAGAGAUGAAUCACAUUCCAACAAGUUAUUCAGACAUGGACCCAACGACAGCUGCCCUUGAAAAAGAACAUGAAGCUAUCACAAAAGUGAAAUACAUAGAUCGAGUGCAGAUGGGAAAGUACGAGAUGGAUGCCUGGUAUUUCUCUCCAUACCCUGAGGAGUAUGGCAAACAAACGAAGAUCUGGGUCUGUGAGUUCUGCCUCAAGUACAUGAAGCUGGAGAAGACAUUCAGAUAUCAUCUGACGGAAUGUGUUGUUAGGUACCCACCCGGGAAGGAGAUUUACAGGAAAAUGUCUCUGUCACUUUUUGAAGUUGAUGGCAAGGAGGCCAAGCUCUACUGCCAGAACCUCUGUCUCCUAGCUAAACUGUUUUUAGAUCACAAGACUUUGUACUUCGACGUCGAGCCAUUCAUGUUCUACAUCCUGACAGAAGUCGACAGACACGGUGCACAUGUGGUGGGGUACUUUUCUAAGGAGAAGGAUUCGCCGGAUGGCAACAAUCUGGCCUGUAUCAUGAUACUACCUCCAUUUCAGAGGAAGGGAUAUGGAAAGUUUCUCAUUGCGUUCAGUUAUGAACUCUCAAAACUCGAGGAGGUCAUAGGCUCCCCUGAGAAACCCCUGUCCGACCUGGGCAAGUUGAGUUACAGAAGCUACUGGUCUUGGGUACUGCUGGAACAUCUCAAAGAUAGAAAGGGUGCCGUAUCUGUCAAAGAACUUAGUGAAUCGACCAGCAUUUCUCAUCCAGACAUUGUCUCAACACUCCAAUCAAUGAACCUCACCAAGUAUUGGAAAGGUCAGUAUGUUGUAUGCGUGAGUCAGAAACUGAUAGAAGAGUUGAUAAAGAGCAACCACUACAAGCGGCCCUCGCUCAUCGUCGAUCGCACGUGCAUCUGCUGGCAGCCACCGCCCAAGAAAAACUUCAAAGUCAACCGGAAAUAAUUCCUAGGGGAAAAAAUUGUUCAUCUUGGAUUUUGUUUUAUUUUACUAUUGUUUGUAUAUCAGAUUGUUUUAUUGAACAGUUGCGAUGAAAUUAGUUAUCUCUCUGACUUGUUUGAAUAAAAUGAAAUAUUCAAGAAAUAAAAAACGCUCAUACAUGGUUUUAAUUCUCAAGUAAAAUAUUUAAAAAUUGUGGAUCUGAAAUAAAAUGAAAUAAACGAAUUCGACCA